GCAACAUUUCAUACAUUUACUCGAUAUUGGUUUCGAUUGACCGUAUAUAAACGACUAUAGGGCUAGGCCGGCCAUCAGUAUCUCGUGGUGCUCUACUUUUGGUGGAGCUCGAUUUUUGAAUUAUAAACUCUGCCUACCUGUUUUUUUAUUAGUGCAGUUGCGUGGCUUGAUAGCCAAACGAUAUUAUAAAACGACGACAGCGAUUUAAAAAUAAAAAUAAAACAUCAUUGACGCACGAUAAAGGAUUACUAUUUACUCUCGGUUUCGUUUCGCAAUUAUUACGUAAUCUAUAAGUGUAUUUCUGGAAAAGUGUGAUCAUAGUAAAAUAAAAAAUAUAAAAAAGGAUAAACGAGGAUAAGAGUUUAUUGCCUUUCGUAGACUUACCGUUUGUGUGUGUGCGUGUGUGUUAAACGUAGAGUGUGAAAAUGAAGAAAUUCAUCACACUUCUAUGCGUUCUCAGCUUAAAUCUAGCCAGUUCCACAGAACUUCCCCCACAACUACCACCCUGCGUACAUGCCGGCUACUCGUAUCCAGCUCCAGAAGUAAAAUUUUCCGUUGGACCAGCGAUUAGUUCACUCAAACUAACGCCUGCAGUUUCAACUUAUUCCGAAGGUGGUAGCAUUAAAUACGCUUCAGUUGGUGAGUCUGGAAGUAGUUAUGAAUCAUCCGAAGGAUAUUCUGGCUACUCAUCUGGUGGAGCUGUCAAAAUUGAAGGUCUCUUACCAGGAGUAAAACAAUCAUCAUAUCAACCAGCUGUAACCUAUGCUAAAGCUGAUAGUAUAAGUUAUGCAGAUCAAUCGCCAGCUUCAAAAUAUGCCGGAAUUAACCCAUCGGGUAUAGCUGUUUCGAAUUAUGUUGCACCAGCUAUAAGUAAGCAAAUUUACACAGCUCCAGCAAUAUCGAAAAUUUCCACAGGUCCAGCUUAUAUUGCUCCUGCUUUAACUAAGAUAGCUACUGGACCUGCUUAUCUUCCACCAGCAGCAGGUAUCACAUACUCUCAGCCUGCUGUUGCUAAAGUAGCUUAUGCAGCUCCAGCGAUAUCGAAAUACUCAUCUGCAGGAGAUUUAUCUUCGUAUAUCUCGAGCCAGGGAUCAGUUCAAAAAAUUGCCACCUAUUCAACUCCUGGUUACUCAUAUUCUCAAGCCACUCCAGCAGUUGCCAAAGUAGCAACUUACUCAUCCCCAGCUAUUUCGUAUGGCCCAAGUUUGGCAAAGGUUGCAACUUACACUUCACCCGGUUACUCAUUCGGAAGUACCUCUCCAGGGGUCUCAAAAAUAGCAACUUAUUCCUCACCCGGUUAUUCCUAUUCCCAAACUGGACCAGCAAUUUCAAAGGUUGCUACUUAUUCAUCACCAGGCUAUUCCUAUUCUUCACCAGGUGUUGGAAAAAUAGCUUAUUCAUCCGCCGGCGAUGUUUCACACCAGUACAUUUCAGGAGGAUCGAAGUUGGCUGUUUCAGCUUAUGCACCAGCAGUCUCGUACUCUGCACCAGCUGUCUUAAAGGCUUCCAGCUAUUCAAGCCCAGUUUCAUAUGCAGCGCAGCCUAUUGUUACAAAAUAUGCUCAACCAUCAUAUUCUUACGCUCCAGCAGUCUCUUCUUCAUACUUAUCCGGAGGCUCCAAAAUUGCCUACGCUGCCCCAGCUGUUGCAAAAAUUGCAUCCCCCGCCAUAUCCUACUCCUCAGGUGGAGCAGUAUCCAGUCAAUACAUAUCAGCACCAGCUAAAAUUGCCACCUAUUCUGCCCCAGCUGUAACAAAAAUAGCUUCAUAUGCUUCACCAUCCAUAGCUUAUUCAACAGGUUCAGGACAUGCAACUUCAAGCCAAUAUAUAUCAGCACCAGCUAAAGUUGCAUAUGCUGCACCAGCUGUAAGUAAAAUUGCCUAUGCAGCUCCAGCAAUUUCGGCACAAUAUGUUCCUGCACCUGUGGCAAAAGUGUCUUACGCUGCUCCAUCAUUAGGUUAUUCUUCCGGACAUGCAGUUUCUUCACAAUAUAUAUCUGCACCUUCUAAAAUUGGUUUAACUGCCCCAGGUUCUUAUUCAGUAUCUGCACCAGUUUUGACAGCUGGACAUGCAGCGGCAGCUCAAUACAUUUCUUCGCCAGCUAAAAUAGCUUAUGCAGCUCCAGCUGUAGCAAAAAUAGCUACUCCAGUCAUUUCUACACAAUAUGUCUCAGCACCAGCUAAAAUUGGUUAUGCUGCACCUGCUUUAGGAGUCUCUUCCGGACAUGCAGUUUCCUCCCAAUACAUAUCGGCCCCUUCAAAAAUUGGAUAUGCUGCACCUGGAUUAGCUAAAAUAGCAACUUAUUCUGCUCCAUCAAUAUCAUCAUACUCAUCCGGUGGACAUGCAACAUCUUCUCAAUAUAUAUCUGCACCAGCUAAAGUAGCCUACGCCCAAGCCCCAGCUGUUGCAAAAAUUGCUUCAUAUGCUGCACCAGCAAUUACAACUCAAUAUUUAUCACCUGGACCUAAAAUUGGUUAUGCUACUGGUCCAGCUUUAGCAAAGGUUGCAUACUCUUCUGCACCGGCAGUUUCAUCGCAGUACAUUUCAGCACCAGCCAAAGUUGCCUAUGCUGCACCAGCUGUUGCCAAGGUUGCAUCUUAUGCAGUUCCAGCAGUCACAAAGUUAGCGCCAUAUGCUGCACCUUCGGUAUCUUAUUCAUCCGGCCAUGCAGUCUCUUCACAAUACAUAUCUGCCCCAGCUAAAGUUGGAUAUAGUGCGCCAGCAGUUGCUUAUGGUGCACCAGCAGUUGCAUAUGCUGCUGCCCCAGCAGUUGCUAAAAUUUCAGCAGCUCCACUAGUCUCAACUCAAUAUGUGUCAUCGGCUGGCCAUUCAGCUUCCUAUUCAGCUGGAGCGCUUGGAAAGAUAGCAACUUAUUCAUCGGCACCUGCUGUAUCAUCGCAGUACAUUUCUGCACCUUUGAGAUCGCAGGCUUAUGGAGGACCAGCUUUGGGUAAAAUUGCAACUUAUUCUUCCCCGGCAAUAUCGGCUUAUUCGACAGGUCCGGCUGUUGCGAAGAUAGCUACAUAUUCAUCACCUGGUAUAGCUUCGUACUCAACUGGACCAGCUGUGUCUAAAAUAGCCACAUAUUCGUCACCUGGAAUUGCAUCCUAUUCAACAGGCCCUAUUGUUUCGAAAGUUGUUACACCAGGUCUGGCUUCAUACUCAACUGGAAUUUCUAAAGGAGGUGCUGGUAUUGGAAUAAUUCAGUCUGGAGGUGUAAUCUCCAAAUCAGCUGGAUAUGCUAUUUCAACUGGACAUGGUAUUGCAGGUUCUAUUGGUACUCUUGCUGGACCAGCUAUUGCUUAUCAAUCAGGAAUUGGAUUAGGAAAAGCAGUCAGUGGCUAUAGUGGUUCUGGUUCUGUUUCAUAUCACGGAAGUGGCGGUAUAGGCAAAUUAGUAUCACCAGGUAUUGCAGUUGGUAAAAUUGCAACAUACUCAACGGGCCCUGGUAUUGGUGGUAUACAUGGUGGUGGUAUUGGCCUUGGGCUAGCUGGUGGUGUUGUGGGAAAAUAUGGUGCAAUUAGUUUGGGACAUUCUUCUGUUUCACCAUCAAUAACAUAUCAUGGUGCAUUAGCUCAAGCAGCUGGACAAAGUGGUAAAGGACUGGGACAUGCUUUAGGAGUAGGUGGACUAGGUGUUGGUGCAUUGAAAGUUGGUGCAUUAGGUGUUGGUGCUUUAGGAAUUGGUGCACAUGGAGUUGGCGGUGAACAUGGAGCUGAUGCUUAUGGUCGGCCAUUCUUUAGAUAUGCUUUGGGAGCACCUGCCGUUGCUUCGUAUGCUGCUGCACCAGCUGCAUAUGUGAAAGCAGUUCCAACUGCUGUUGUUAAGCCAGUAACGUCCAAACACUUAGAAUAUUACAAUGAUCAUGCAAGAUAUGCAUUUGAAUAUGGUGUAAACGAUCCCACAACCGGAGAUAUCAAACAUCAAAAAGAAGAACGUGAUGGUGAUGUUGUGAAAGGUGAAUACUCUUUAGUGGAACCGGAUGGAAAUGUUCGCACAGUCAAAUAUUAUGCCGAUUGGGAAACUGGAUUCCAUGCUGAAGUAAUAAAUAGCCGAGAUGCGAAAGUUAUUGCCAAACGGAAUACGAGAAAAUCUUAAAUUUUAGCAAAAAAAAAAAAUUAAAAAAAUGUUUUUAUUUUGUUUUUUAUUUUCGAUGUAUUAACUUAAAAAAUACAAAAUUAUUAGUUUUUUCUUUUUUUUUUUAAUAAAACAUACAUACAUAAUUAUUUAUGUUUUGAAAAAAAAAAGAAAAGAUUUCAUAUCCAAUGGAGAGAUAUUUUUAAAGAAAAACAAACAAAAAAUACUCGUAGAAUAAUUUUCACAAUCUCAUGUCCGCUUUUUUGUCACCAGCUUUUUAUUUUUUUUAUAUACAAUAAUUACAUCAUCGUGAAUGCUCAUAAAAAUAUUUGUAAUGAAAUGUAAAUAAUAUUUAUUUAAACAAAAAAAGAAAAAAAAUGCAAACAAAAAAAAAGAACAACUACGAAAAAAAAUUUGCAACCUUGUUAUUAGUAAUUAAAAAAAAUAAGAACAAAUUAAAUGUUAACCCAACGCGAUAUGGGAGCAUUAUGUUAGAUAUUUAUCGAAUGUGUAAAACUUUUGCAACAAAAACAUUUUGAACAAAAAAAAAAAAGAUAUUUUUUAUUUGUUAAUAUUAAUAUAUUUUUUUUAAAUUGUGAUAGAAGUGUCUUACGUCAUAAUUUUGUAAAUGAAAAAU